GUCUUUGAAUAUAGAGCGAGAGAGGGAAAAGGAGAAAGAUGAAAAAGAGAAGGAGAAGUUUGGCCUAGCAGGAGCUGCUUCUGCUGAUGGAGAGACGCAGCUGCAGACGCUGGAUUCCUGCCAGGCCAUGUUUCUGCCUGUCGGAGCUUCCAUCUCCCUGCUGGUGAUGUUUCUCUUCUUUGACUCGCUGCAGGUGGUGUUCGCUGUCUUUACAGCUAUACUUGCCACAGUGGCUUUUGCCUUCCUGCUGCUUCCCAUGUGCCAGUAUUUUGUACAGCCAUGCUCAAGUGGCCAGAAAAUUUCAUUUGGUGUCUGUGGGAGAUUCACAGCUGCUGAGAUUUUCGCCUUUUGUCUCUCAUUUAGUAUAGUCUGUAUCUGGAUUCUCACUGGGCACUGGUUACUCAUGGAUGCUCUAGGCAUGGGAUUGUGUGUAGCCUUCAUUGCCCUGGUCCGUCUUCCCAGUCUCAAGGUGUCCACACUGCUGCUUGUGGGACUCCUUGUUUAUGAUGUCUUCUGGGUGUUUUUCUCAUCCUACAUCUUCAGUACUAAUGUCAUGGUCAAAGUGGCAACUCGACCAGCAGAUAACCCAGUGGGCUUGUUUGCCAAAAAACUGCAUUUAACUGGACUGGUGCGAGAUGUCCCUAAACUCUCCUUACCAGCCAAGCUAGUAUUUCCAAGUUCCCAGAAUUCCAGUCACUUUAACAUGCUUGGACUUGGUGAUAUUGUGAUGCCUGGCUUGUUAUUAUGUUUUGUUCUACGUUACGACACCUACAAGAAAUCUCAGACCAGCCUGGCAGAGACAGGAGUUCCGCCUCCUCCCAACUAUGUCCAGAGGCUGUCCUACUUUCACUGUUCUCUUGUGGGAUACUUUCUAGGUUUGCUGACUGCAACUGUGUCCUCAGAAGUAUUCAAGGCUGCCCAGCCUGCAUUGUUAUAUCUGGUACCAUUUACUUUAUUACCGCUGCUUACGAUGGCGUACCUCAAGGGAGAUCUGAGACGGAUGUGGCAUGAGCCAUUCUUGGUUGUCCCUCCUGCCAAACACAUGGAAGUGUAG